GAUAUACUUAGGAUGUUUAUAAAUUAUUUCAGUUAUUUAAAAUAAAAAUGAUCUUUCUUCUAUUCUAGGAACAUGAAUAAGAAGUUGAAUUACAAACUGAAGUUUUGUAGGCAGCCAGAUAAGUGGGAACUGUCAAAUCCUGUAGUGAACCGUUUCAUGGAGGGCUAUUCGUUGGAGUUGUUGACGAUUUUAAUAAUUUCAACUUUGACUGUCCUUUACAGCGAUCUUGUACCAUGCAGUUGACUGGUUGGUAAAGGCAAAGUAUUCCAAAGUAUAGCCGUUGAUGGUUUCCUUAGCCAACAUAAAGUAUAACACCCGUAAUUUUUUGUGGAUCCAAAUGAAAUAUAUAACCGUUACACAAAUUCCCCGUUGUACAAAUUUGAAUGCUGCUGACAGUAAGAAGUGCAAGCAAAGCAGUAUUUAAUAUUUAUUACUGACUGCAUGGUAUAUACUUCCAUGGUCAGAAAAACAUUAUGAAAUUGAAGUUAGUGACUUUGUGGGGUCGGCUGGGUGGGUCAGACAAUACAACUUGACCCUUUAAUGAAUCUGGGUUGCAGAAUUCCAGCCCGCUCUGUAUUUCAAAUUUUGAAUUGUUUCUCUUUCAUAGUCAUUGAUAAAAAGGCCACCAUCUUUUUUUGAAAAAAAUAUUCUUGGGUAGUGUUGAACCCCACAUUCUCCUUUCUAUCUAUUCUAACUGUGAUUCCAUUCUCCUGUUCUUUCUAUCCUAACACCAUCUACGCAUUUUUUUUACUUUACAGUUUUGUUCACUAGUAUCCUUCUCUCAAAAUUCCAUGGGUGCAUGUUUGAGUAAGAAAAAAGGGUCUUCUACUUCUACCUCUUCUCCUCUUGCUGCAGCCAAGUCAGCUUCCGCAAUUUCUGAGCUGACGAAUCCUUCUUCUGUUGUUGGUGUCAAUGUUUCCAAACCCAAACUGGAAACUGACACAGAAGUGAAACUGAAGAAGGAUAAUCCUAAGAAAGUGGAAGAGAAACAUGAGGCAGUGGCAGAAGUUGAGGGGCAUGUGAAAAAGGAGAUAUUCAUCAUCAAGCACAGGAAGAGCCAUGAUGAUAGGGAGAGAAAUUCCAAGUCGCCACCUUGCACAACUCAGCAGAAUGUCACCACUGAAUCAAUGGGUGACAUAACCGCACAACCAGCAGCAACAAACAUUGGUGUUGUAGGUGUGAGGACUUCAAGCUGCACCAAAGAGGAGGUGGAUGCAAUUCUCAUACAGUGUGGGAGACUCAGCAGAAGCUCCUCAGGUACUGCUGUUGCUGCUUCUGGUGAACACAGAAGAAGGUACUCGGGUUCAAAGAGAAGUUACGAUUUUGACCAUUGUGAUAAUGACACCAUUUCCAAUGAUGAGGACUCAAAGAAGGCAAAUGCCAAUGAAAGCAACAGUGAUUUGUGUGAGGAUGAGAGGCACCAACACCGGCUGCGGCACCGCCAGUCACCUAGUCCAAGGCCUUCUUCUUCUCAAGAAAGGAGAAGAAGAACACCAAGCAGGGAAAGAGAGCAGCAACAACGUUCAAGCAGCCGAGAGAGGAGAGUUAGUAGAUCUCCUGGAAGAAGGUCAUCAGAGAACACACCGGCCACCACAAGAAACAAUAGCAACACUAGUUCUAGGCCUGGGAAAAUGGUUUCAGUGCCUGCUACUGUUUCAUCACUAGUGAUGGAUAAGAGUAACAACAAUGGUGGUGGUGGAGAAUCUGCAGCAACCACUGGCAUCAAGAGGAUAACAGUGAAGAGAAAUGUUGGUGUUGCCUCACCGCGUUCUCAGUCUCCUGCAAGAGCAAAUGGGAAUGCAGCAAAUGCUAAUAAAGCAUUCAACGAGAAUCAGCAGCCGCCAUCCCUUAGUCGCAGCUCUUCAAGGAAAGCAGAACAAUCACCCUACAAAAGAAAUCCAUUGAGUGAGAUUGAACCUAACUCCCUUGCUUUUCCACAUUCAGCAGCCAACAAUAACAGCAGCAGGGUUCAAAACAAACCCAAAAAGGAAUUUGAAACAGAGGCUAUUCAGAGAACAAAUAGCAGCAGAACUGCAGUGGACAAAGGCAUGACUGUAAAUUGCAAGACAAACGACGGAGAUAUCAAAGUGCAAUCUUCAAUUACCGAUAAUGUUGUGGUGAAAACAAUGGUACCACCAGGAUUGGACAACCCAAAACCCCAUACAUUGACAAGAAGCAGAUCUUCAAGGCGAUCCCGGGACUUAGACCUCAACCCUGAAGCUCUAUUGAAUCCUCCGCAGUCCUACGCUUCACUGCUGCUUGAAGAUAUCCAGAACUUCCAUCAGAAGAGCACUCAACCUGUUUCUCUUCCAGCUUGUGUCACCAAAGCUUGUUCUAUCCUUGAAGCUGUUGCUGAUCUCAACUCUAACACCAGCUUGAAUCUCUAUGGUGCAGAGGACAGGAGAAGUCCUCCAGCUUUUCAGUGUAGUAGGAAUGACUACAAUGUCCCAUUGAGUGACAAUGAUUAUGGGAAGAGGGAGCCAGAUGCUGAGGACCCAGUUGUGGAAUCUAUGUUAGUAUUCAAUGAUGAUGAUGGGAUGGAAUCAAGCUUGCAUAAGUAUGUGACAGUGAAUAGGGGUGGUUCACUCGGUGGGGUGGACAUGGAGGACCAAGAGUCUUCAGGAAGCAACAGCUUCACUGUCGGUAAUGGUCAACAGCACUGGGGAAUUUCUUCUUCAUGGGAGCCCAGCUCUGUUGAAUCAAGAGAUUGCUGGACCUCAAGAUUGAAUUACUCGAGAGAGGAAGGUGGUGUGUCAUCUGAAACAGGAUGUGAUGUGGAUGGAGGCAGGAAGAAGUUCAACAGCAACGGGAGGGACUGUGAUCAUCAGCAUGGGAGUGGGAUAGGACGUGGCAGGCUUGGUGCCAAUAAAGUACAUCACACCGUACCUAUUGUCACAGCACCUGCUCCCACAUAGAUUGUGUUGAAUGAAUUCCCCUUCAUCUUGUAUGUUAAAACACUCCAUGAGUUUAAACAUUCCUAAUGUUUGUAGUUGCACACUUCGCAGCCAGAUCUCAUUUAACUAAGCUCAACAUUUUUAACAUGUUUCAAAUUGGAACCUUAUGCUUUUUAUUUUUACAAUUUGGAACAGUAUAACUAUGAAGUGGGUUAGCCCCUUCUUCUUUGUUCAAAACUUUAUUUCUGUAGAUGAAAAAUUUUUCUUCUCACUGAGUA